AUGGCACGCGGCGGCAAUUCGAGAUCGCCGUCCAAAGGAAGUUCGAUAGCGGCUUGCUUCACGCUGGGUAAGCUUGUUUUCCGCGAGGAGCGCGAGGAGCAUUGUAUACUGACUAUAACUAGCCAAGUCCCGGACCCGACCACAAACGCAAGGGCUGUACCGAUCUAUGCCACGACCAGUUACACAUUCAAUGACUCGGCUCACGGAGCGAGGCUGUUUGGCCUCAAGGAGUUCGGCAAUAUCUAUAGCCGUAUCAUGAACCCUACAGUAGAUGUCUUUGAAAAGAGAAUCGCAGCUUUGGAGGGCGGCGUGGCAGCUGUUGCGACCGCGUCCGGCCAGGCAGCCCAGUUCAUGGCACUCACAGCUCUGGCGCACGCCGGCGACAACAUCGUGUCGACGACGAACCUGUACGGUGGCACUUACAACCAGUUGAAGGUCCUCCUCCCGCGCUUCGGCAUCCACACCAAGUUUAUUGAGGGCGACAAGGCGGAGGAUUUCUCCGCUGCGAUCGACGACAAGACCAAGGCUGUCUACAUCGAAAGUAUCGGUAACCCCAGAUACAACAUCCCUGACUUCGAGGCGAUCGCCAAGGCUGCCCACGAAAAGGGCGUGCCAGUGAUUGUUGACAACACUUUCGGUGCUGGUGGCUAUUUCGUCCGACCCAUUGAUCACGGCGCCGAUAUCGUUGUCCACUCCGCAACCAAGUGGAUUGGCGGCCACGGCACAACGAUCGGUGGUGUCAUUAUCGAUGCCGGAAAGUUCGACUGGGGCAAGCACGGCGCCAGGUUCCCCGAGAUGGUCGAGCCCUCCGAGGGCUAUCACGGCCUCAAGUUCUGGGAGACGUUCGGCGCUAUCGCCUUCAUCAUCCGGGUCCGCGUUGAGCUCCUGCGUGAUAUCGGCGCUUGCCUCAACCCCUUCGCCGCGCAACAGCUGCUGAUCGGUAUCGAGACGCUCAGUUUGCGUGCCGAAAGACAUGCGUACAAUGCUUUGAAGCUGGCGAGGUAUCUCGAGGAGAGCGAAUAUGUGACCUGGGUAUCAUAUCCGGGCCUGUCAAACCACGCCAGCCAUGACUUGGCCAAGAAGUACCUCAAGCGCGGAUACGGUGGUGUUCUUAGCUUUGGUGUCAAGGGUGGUGGCGCCGCCGGCAGCCAGGUCGUCGAUGGUUUCAAGCUGAUCUCCAACCUCGCCAACGUCGGCGACUCCAAGACUUUGGCCAUCCACCCUUGGACCACUACUCACGAGCAGCUCUCUGACCAGGAGAAGAUCAGCUCUGGUGUGACGGAGGAUCUGAUCCGCAUCUCUGUCGGUACGGAGCACAUUGACGAUAUCAUUGCCGACUUUGAACAGUCUUUUAAGGCCGCUUCCGCCACGACGACGAAGGGUGCUGAGGGUGACGUUCCGGCGGGAAAGACGGACGAGGCACCAGUCGUCCUUUAG